AAGCAAUACCAGGGAUGUAGCGCACAAACAGCUGAUCGACUGUUCUAGGUGCCCUCGUAAAAUAUACAGCUGAGCUAGUAUAAUUUUGUUAGGUAUAUUUUCAAAUUUGCCACUUGCGGUCACACCAAAGCCUGUAGCUACAGUAAACAAGUUACAAUUACAUUUUAUUUUUAUUAUUAUUGCUUAUUGUCUUGAAUAAUGGCUGCCAACAUUGCGGCAGCCACUGCUGCAGGCGCUGAAGUCGAUCCAGUGCUAAAGAAAGCCGUCAAAUUGCUACACUCUAGCAACCCAAGCUCGGCCGCCGAGCUGCGCCUGUUGCUCGAUGAAGCGCUCAAGUUGCGCUUCGGCCCAGAGAAAACCAUAACAAAAAAUAUGAGCCAACGCAUGUUGGAUGACGAAGCUAACUUUCCGGGACGUGCCACUCCCCAACCUCCAGCGCAAACGUUAGCAACUGAUGAGAUUAUCAAUCUCACCAACUCACCCGAUAAAUUGCCAUCAGAGUCGCCGGACACGAUUGCGGACUCUGAUGAUGGCAGCGUUGGCGUUGGCUUGGCCAUAAGCGGUGUGCUUAACACCGGGGACACAGGUGACUUUGGUGACCUCAAUUGUUGUGUCUGUGGCGAAAUGGUCUUCAAAGCCACCAAUCGUCUGAUUGAGUGCUCCAAAUGCGGUGCACUUUAUCACCAGGAAUGUCAUAAUCCGCCCAUUACCAACGAGGAGGCUGCCGACGAUCAGGAGCACAUCUGGCAAUGCGAUGCGUGCUGCAGCAAACCAUCAACCAGUCGUGCAGCUGCCACACCAACGGCCACUGUAGCCGCUCCAACAACAACUGUUGUUAUUCCUGAUGAACCGAUGCCGCUGGCAAGCAAAGCUAAAUCAUCGGUGCCCUCAUCGCGUUCUUCGACCUCUUCGAACUCAUCGUCGCCCUUCUACAAACCUGAAGCGAGCAGCUCUACUAAUGCCAGCAGCAGUAGUAGCAGUAAACAUGGCCACAAAUCAUCCUCAUCAUCAUCCUCCAAGUCGCAUAAAGAGGAGCGUUCUACAAAAUCGGUGGCUCCCAGCUUAAGUGCCAUCAGCGUGACGGAGAAACACAGCAGUAGCGGCACUUCAUCACGACGCAGCAGCUCCAAUGCCAAGUCCAGUUCUAAGAGUUCUAAACAUCACGAGAGCAGCAGCAGCAAACGGCGCAAUAAAUAAGAUUAGUGUCUAUUACAAUAAAAAUUUUUAUAAAAACAAAAAAAUAGGAAAAUAAAAAUUAUUUGCUAAUUUGAUUUCUUUU